GUGGAAAUGUUGGAGAAUACUUCACAGUAAAUGUCACUUCAGGAAAACUCCUGGUCACUCGUAGUUUGGACAGAGAAGACAUCAGCAGUUUCACUCUUGUAAUUGAAUGCCGUGACCUAGGCAGUCCCUCAAGAAGCUCCACUGCACAGAUCUAUAUAACAGUCUUGGAUGAAAAUGACCACAACCCGUUGUUUGCAAAGACCCAGUAUCAAAUUUCUGUGAGAGAAGACCUAGAGGAAGGCUCAGCCAUCCUGGACCUCUCUGCUUCUGAUGAAGAUGAUGGCCUGAAUGGCAAAGUUACAUACUCCCUCAUCGAUGACACCUUUGGAGCGUUUGCGAUCGACAGUGAUACUGGGUCUCUAGUUACUACGAAGGCAUUGGACCGGGAGACCAAAUCCCAGUACACAUUUAGGGUUGUGGCAAGUGACUGUAGCACACAUUUGCCAAGAAGCACCACUGUCAGUGUUGUGGUGCACGUUGAUGAUGUCAAUGACAAUGAUCCCAUUUUUUUGCAGAAUCCUGUCAGGUCCUUUGUGCCUGCUGAAACCCCUGUGAAUGAGACAGUAGCCACUGUGAGAGCAGAAGACAUGGAUCUGGGGUCAAACGGAGCUGUUGUUUUUAGUUUGAUGAUAGCAGAAACAGUAUUUCAGAUUGAUGUGAAGACCGGUGACAUCAUUCUUCAGGAGCCCUUGGCUUCCAAGGGCUUCAGUACCCAGCUGGUAGUAAUGGCUUCAGAUCAAGGUAUCUCACCUCGAACAGCCACAGCUAUGGUCAUUAUCUUUACGGAAGAACAAGAGGAGGAGAUUUCAUUCAGCCAUAGCCUGUAUGAAGCAAGCAUGCCUGAGAACAGUGCAGCAGGUACAUCACUUCUAACCGUAGAAGCUUAUGAACGCAAAUUUACAGGAGAAAACAUAAAAUACAGCAUCUUCAGUGACAAAGAAAGAGUAUUUUCCGUACACCCCAUUACAGGUGCAAUCACAGUAAAAGAGCCAAAGUUUCUUGAUUAUGAAGUUAAGAAUAAAAUACAUCUUUCAGUUUUGGCUGAAAAUAGCUUAAACUCAGCACUUUGUGGAGUGACAGUUUUGAUACAAGAUGUGAAUGACAAUGUUCCUAAAUUUGAGCAAAGCUAUUACAGAGCAUCAGUAUGGGAAGGCCAAAGUCCUAAAACAGACAUCAUACAGAUAUUUGCAACUGAUCUUGACAGUGGGCUGAAUGGAGAAACUGAAUACUCAAUUUUAUCUGGUAAUGAAAAUGCAGCAUUUCUAAUUGAUUCAGCACAAGGGAUUUUAGCGACUAAUACAGUCCUAGAUCAUGAAAACACUUCAUCUUACAGGUUGGUUGUACAAGCUGCUGAUAAAGGAAACCCCAGGCUUUCUGCUACAAGUGUUGUGCAGAUACAAGUGUUGGAUGUUAAUGACAAUGCUCCAGUUGUCCAACCACUAAGUGAAGUGGCGGUCCCAGAAGAUGCCCUACCUGGUUUUAUAGUGACUCGGGUGUCAGCAAAUGAUGUGGACUCGUGGCCAGCACUUCAGUUUGGUUUUAUUUAUGAUAGUAGUCCUGGAAUGAAGUUUGCCAUGGAUCAACACACUGGUGUAGUCACUGUGGUGGAACCAUUGGAUUUUGAAGAAACUGCUAUGUAUAAGCUGAGAAUUAUAGUUUCAGACUCUGUACAUCAAACAGAAGCAGAACUUACCAUCCUUGUUUUGGACAUCAACGAUAACCCACCAGUGUUCACUCAGGAUUCAUAUCAGGUGAGCUUGCCAGAGCUCAUUUCUAUGGAUGCCACUGUUCUGACAGUCUCUGCUGUGGAUAGGGAUUCGGAGCAAAACGGAAUGAUUUCCUACAAAAUCCUCUCUUCCUCUGAGGGAUUUUCCAUUGAUCACAAGAAUGGUUCAGUGUUUGCUACAGGACCAGUGACACAACUGGAAAAGAUUUCCACUAUUCAGCUCCUGAUAGAAGCCACAGAUGGUGGCAGUCCAGCCCUGAGUGCAGUUACCUCCGUAGAGGUGCACGUAGAAGAUGUAAAUACCCAUGCCCCUCAGUUCACAAGGGUUCUGUACAAUCUCAGUGUGAGGGAGGAUGUCUCAGUUGGAGAAAGCAUCCUCCUGUUUUCAGUCAUUGACUAUGAUUGGACACAUGAAAACACGUAUGUUGAAUACUUUGUUAUUGAUGGCAAUGACAAGAAUUUAUUCACUGUGGAAACAAGAGUCAUGGAGUCAGAAACAUCCUACAGACUUGUUGGCAGUCUUGUUUUGAUCAAUGCUCUUGACAGGGAAAUGGCUUCUUCUCACCGUUUGGUCCUCCUUGUUUCUGAUCAUGGAAUACCCUCGUUGAAUUCAACUGCUACUGUGCUAAUAACUGUGCUGGAUGUCAAUGAUAAUCCACCAGUAUUUAGCAGCCCAGAGUACCAUGUUCAUGUCAAAGAAAGCAUCUCUGUAGGUAGUCACAUCACUGAAGUCUCAGCAAAUGACUGCGAUGCAGGCACUAAUGCAGAGGUCACUUAUGCUAUCAUUUCUGGAAAUGGCAGGGGACAUUUUCGCUUAGAUGGGAAAACAGGAUCAGUGGAUUUGAUGAAAACGCUGGAUUAUGAGGAUACCAUGAAAUUCACUCUGAUCAUACAAGCCACAGAUGGAGGAGCUGAUGUAAAAAAUGUGGCUUUUUCUGUUGUCCUUAUUAGUGUCCUGGAUGACAAUGAUUAUGCCCCGCUGUUUUUGUUUCCCAGCUUGAGCUGCAUUGUCAGUGAAAAUCUGCCUACCUUUUCUUUUGUGUGCUCUGUUAAUGCACUGGAUUUUGAUAAAGGCUCCUAUGGACACCUUACCUACUCCAUCCAGUCUUCGUGUUUGGCUCAUCGUGAAGCUCCUAGAGACCAUGACAUGUUCUUCAUUGAUCCUUUGACAGGAGAUAUUCAUACAAAGCAAAUGUUUGACUAUGAAAGUAAGAAUAGGUACUGUCUCAUAAUCCAAGCAAAAGACAAAGGUGACUCACUGGCUACUGUUACAGUUCAGGUAGAUAUUGAGGGGAGAGAUGAAUUUGACCCAGUGUUUACACAAGAUCAAUAUUUCUUUAAUCUCCCUGAGAAGAAUGAAGCAGGCCAGUUGCUUGGCAGGGUGACAGCAUCAGACAGUGAUGGUGGACUGGAUGGGGUUGUUACUUACUCUCUACUAAAAACUUCUCCAUUCUUUUCAGUGAAUCAAACCAGUGGUAAUAUUUAUUUGUCUCAGACAGUUCACAGAAAGAAAAAUAGCAGUAAAAGGAGUGAUGACACCCUGGAAUUGUUGGUAAGAGCUCAUAGCCCCAAAACUGAGUCCAGGUUCACAGUAUGCUCUGUUUUGGUAAAUGUUUCCAGUUCUCCUCAGAGUUACCCCAUAGUGUCAGCAUACAGCCUAACUAUUAGCAUUUCAGCCUUCUUGACAGUGUUGCUACUGCUUGCUGUCAGUCUCACUGCACUUACCAUGAGAUGUAAGCGGAAAGAUCUGAUGAACUCCUGUGUGAAAAAAGAAGGAUCAUCCUCCUCAGCUACUAAUGUGAAUUUAGGCAGCAAAGAUAAGGCCUGCCAGAAAAUCCAUAGUACUGAGAGCAGUAUGCUUCCCAUGGGUGCUAUAGCAGAAUGGCUGAGCCUAGCAGGAAUUGAAGAGGGGAAGGAUGAUGGUGUCCCCUGCAGGCAUUCAGAGUCCAGUGGCCAUUGUUCUGCUGAAGGAGAAACGGCAGAGGAUGAGGAAAUCAAACGGAUCAAUGAGCAUCCAUGCAGAAAGAGUGACGGCUCAGCACUGAGUGAGCACAGCUCACGGGUACCAGAUUCGGGGAUCCCGAGAGAGUCUGAUCAGCUCUCCUGUCAAUCUGGAGAAACAGAUGUUGUGGCUACCACACAAACCAUGGAGAGCAUGCAGGCCAUUAAAAGAGAAGGCAGAGAAAAAGCCUGUGACAUAGCCUACGCACAUAAAAUGUCAUCUUCAACAUGUCAGAAAAUUGGAAUAAAAGAGAAAGACAUAAUGACAGACCUCAAGAGAGAGUAUAUCUUGAUGUCAGAUAGGCAGGACUCUGGGUAUGAUUCCCUUGCAACACUUGGCACCCGUGAUGAGGAUCCUGGAGGUGGUUAUGACUGGGAUUAUGUGCUCAGCUGGGAACCCAGAUUUCAACAUCUUGCCUCAGUGUUUAAUGAUAUUGCAAAACUGAAAGAUGAAAACAUGCACAGUCAUAGCUUCCCUAAGGAGAAGACAUCUCUUGUUUUCCCUCCUCCCUUGAUAACUUCAGUAGCUCAGCCUGGCAUAAGGACAGUGCCACCAAGAAUGCCAAAUAUAAUACCAGGACAAGCAUUUAACAAAUACCCUCAUACUCCCCUUAUCAGUAAUCUUGGAUACCCUCCACGGACCAUGACUCCAAGUUUUUCUCCAUCUCUGUCUUUACUUACCAUGCAGACUCCUACUGCUUCUCCAGUAAUGCCUGAUGGCAAAAUGAUAGGAACGUGUCUUAUCUAUCCAACCCAUGAACUUGCAACAGAGGAAGAAAUUCAGGUCUAG